AUGUUCAAGUUUGGUCUUGCACCUCCACCUUCUCGUCCUCGAACCCCAGUCCCGAAGUUCAAAUAUAUCGAUGAUCCUAUCAGUGUCCGCAGGAACUAUGCCCACAGUCAGAUGCCCUUUGCUGGCGACUUUUGUGUCGUAAGCAUCGACCAUGUCGCCUCAGUCGCGCACCUCGGCCCAGAAGCUAGAACGGCUGCGAAACGCAUCCCGUCCGAACGCUACGUCGCAUAUAUUGGCUCGCCUCACUCCAUAUCUUACGAAGGAAACGCCACCAACCCAUUUGCACUCUCGCUCAUAUGCCGAGGCGUGCCUCCCACCUCCGCUUUCUGCGAAUCCACCCCUGCGUGCAUUCCAAUCCUCCCCAACUCGGAACUUUAUGGCGGGCGUCAGCCUCUGGAAGCCGUGGCCCCCUUUCCGUGGCCGGGCUGCUACAUCUCUACGUUCACCACGACGAGUUGCCGUGUCACGACCGCGAAGCGCGACUACAGCCCCUUACUUUGCUUGCCCUCUCAUCGCAUUGCCGCCAAGGUGUACGGUAUAAUCGAACGAGACAAUUUCUCCCGUGCCGACUUCUAUGACCGGCGCAAACGGGGAGAUACCGAGGCACUCGCUCGCAUGCCGCUCUCUCCGAGCCCGGAGCCAUCAUCGGACCCGCUGGCAUUCUUACCGCCCACGCCCGCUGUGUCCCGUUUGGAUGGUUGCGAUGAUGGUCUCCUUGAUACGGAGGCCGCAUCAGCGACCAAGUCGCUCUCCGAUCUGGCUUCAAACACUUCUCUUCAUGCCCUGGUCGCGUCAUCGAUGUUUGGCGGCGACUUCAAGAAUUGGCCCGUGGUCAAUAUCUGGUUCGACCUGGAUAUGGUGACGGAUGUUAGGGACCCCGAAUUGUUCAUGAAGGAGUGUGAUAUGCUCAACAAGUUACGUUGGCAUUUCGAAGAUCUGCAGACCGGCAUCGCCGCUACAAAGCCUUCGACAGAAGCAUGCUCCACAGUAGUUGGAGAAAGGGCGGGAUUGUCGGGCAGCGCAUCGGCUGAACGAGCCGACGAGGGAGCGGUGGUGACAAGUGCUUCAGAGGCGCGAGUAGAGGUUGACGACGAAGUUCCCGAUCCUGAAUCACCUUCGACGGCGACUACUGAAGCGAUCGAGGAUCCUGCGUCGCCACUCCCUUCAGGAAAUUCUCACGGCAAACACGCCACCGCACUCCGGUCUCCGACUACCAAAGCGGUGACCGAGGUGCAACAUCCCGUUUCGAGCGACAGCACCCCCAGGGCGUCGUCACGCUCUCCUCAGGAUAUCUCAUUUCCGACUGAUGCCGAGUACGAUGUUGCAUCGAGUACGCAGAAGCGCGCCGGGCCUGUCCGGACCUCGUCACUGCGUAGGACACGCCGGUCGUCCUCUCGAGCAUCGCAGCGCUCGCUCAAGGGCCCGCUAGCCGUCUCUGUUUCGCCGACAAAGAGUGACUUGCCUCUCCACCCGCAUCCCUACGCCGAUCGACCGACACGAAGCACUUCGACUCUUUCGUAUGCGGUACCCCGCUCAUGCCACGACGCAUCCAAGAGUUUGAGAAAGAGCCGCUCGAGUGCGUCUCUGAAGGCACCGCGCCGGGCUGAGACUUUUCCGGUCCCGUCGUCGCGUUUGGCACGGCAUUAG